AUGGCGGUGGACAAAGACAAGCUUCAGGAAGCCGCUCCCAUUGCUCGUUUCCACAAGAUUGUUCUCGGUUGGGACUAUUACGGCCUCCUCACAGAGUUAACUAAGAAUGAGAAGAAGAAUAAGAAGAAGAACAAGGGAGAGAUAGAUGACGGUUUAGGAAUGGGAAAAGUGAAAGACACCUACAAAGAUGUGGAUGACUAUAUCUCUACUUAUGAACCCCUUCUUUUUGAAGAAGUCAAAGCUCAGAUUAUUCAGAGCAAAGACGAGAAUCAAUUACUAAACCCCAAGAGAAAUUUGGUUGUGGCGUGCACUGAAGUUGAUGGGUUUCACUUAGCAACUCUUACCUAUGAGAAGAGUGACAUGGAUGACAAGGAAGCAAUAUCACAGAAUGAUCUUUUGCUUCUUUUGAAACCAAAUCAUCAAGACAAGGAAGAACUCCCAACAGUCUAUGCUUUUGCAUUGGUAGAAAGUCGUCAGGCGAGUUCUUUUAGGAUUAGAAUAUCUCUUUCUGCUUAUACAGAUUGGAAAAUAUAUGAGUACAGCUCUUGUAAUGUGGAUGACAUGAUUUGCAGUUUAUCAACUAUUGCUCGUGAAUAUGUAGCUCUAUGGUCAAUUGGCUCUCUGCCCUUUAAGGAUAUAAUUCUUGGAGCUGCUGAGAAAAAUAUUGAUUCAGAAGGCCAAGCCUGGAAAAUUUCUAGGCCUCUGGAGGAAUUUAUAAAAGACAAUCUUAAUGAAUCACAACAAAACGCCAUACAAGCCGGUCUAUCGCGUAAACCAUUUAUCCUGAUACAGGGUCCUCCAGGGACAGGGAAGACACAAACUAUCCUUGGGCUUCUUAGUGCCAUUUUGCAUGCAACACCAGCAAGAGUGCACUCCAGUGGGUCACAAACCAUAAAGCUUCGGCAAAAGUUAACUGUUCAGGAGAAAUUCCAUCAUUGGCGAUUAGCAUCUCCAUGGCUUAGUGGUAGCAAUCCUAGAGAGGAAAUAAUGCCUGUUAAUGGUGAUGAUGGGUUUUUUCCCACCACUGGAAAUGAGUUAAAACCAGAAGUAGUCAAUUCUAGUCGUAAAUACCGCGUACGUGUCCUUGUGUGUGCUCCUUCAAACUCUGCCCUGGAUGAGAUUGUUUUGCGUGUUCUGAACAGUGGUGUGCGUGAUGAAAGUGACCGUUCAUAUAAUCCCAAAAUUGUGCGGAUUGGUCUUAAGGCUCAUCAUUCAGUCCAAGCAGUCUCCAUGGAUGAGAUGGUAGAACGAAAGAAAGGAAGCAUGGGGGGUAGUAAAGACAGAGAUGGAGGUGCUGAUAGGUUUCGAGCAGAAAUUUUGGAGGAGGCAGUUAUUGUCUUCUCUACCCUUAGCUUUAGUGGUUCACCUCUUUUCAGUAAAUACAAUCGCGGUUUUGAUGUAGUUAUAAUAGAUGAAGCUGCACAAGCUGUGGAACCAGCUAUUCUUGUUCCAUUGACAAAUGGAUGCAAACAAGUAUUUCUGAUUGGUGACCCGGUUCAACUGCCAGCUACUGUAAUUUCUCCAAUUGCUGCUGAAUUUGGGUAUGGAAUGAGUUUGUUCGAGAGAUUUCAAAGGGCUGGUUAUCCAGUGACCAUGCUGAAGAUGCAGUACCGAAUGCAUCCAGAGAUUAGGAGCUUUCCUUCUCGAGAGUUUUAUUCAGAGUCAUUGGAGGAUGGUCCUAAUAUUAAAGAGCAGACAAAGCGUUCCUGGCAUGACUAUCGCUGCUUUGGACCCUUUUGCUUUUUUGACUUACAUGAAGCGAAAGAAUCGGAGGACUCAGGAAGUAAAUCUAAUGAUGCUGAGGUAGAAUUUGUCAUGCUCUUGUACAAUAAGUUGGUCAGUAAAUAUCCAGAGCUUAAAUCAAGUCAUCAGUUUGCAAUUAUAUCACCCUAUGCUGCACAAGUAAACCUCUUGAAAGAACGUUUCAAAAGUACUUUCGGAGUGCAGUCUGAGAAAGUAGUGGAUAUUACUACUGUUGAUGGUUGCCAGGGACGUGAAAAGGAUGUUGCAAUAUUUUCUUGUGUCAGGGCAAGCGAGAAAGGAGCCAUUGGGUUUUUGGCUGAUUUCCGGCGAAUGAAUGUUGGGAUCACUAGAGCAAAAUCUUCUAUCUUGGUAGUGGGAUCUGCAUCAACAUUAAGGAAGGGUGACGAGCAUUGGAAUAACCUAGUGGAAAGUGCUGAAAAGAGAGACUCUGUAUUUAAGGUUUCGAAGCCGUAUGCUUCAUUUUUCAGUGAUGAGAAUCUGGAAUCCAUGGCAAUCAAGAAAGAAUCCUCCAUGGAGGAAGUUCAGAAUGAUGAGCUGGAUAACGAUCCAGGUUCCUACAAUUUAGGGGAUGCUGACCAAGCACAGGGAGAUGACAAUGACUAUGGAGACGGAGACGGAGACGGGGAGGCAGACAUGGGUGACGGCGGCGAUGACUGA